UCUCUUUCCCCGUCUACUCUCUCUCUCUCUCUUCUCUUUCUCUUAUCUUCUUUCUCUCUUCUCUCCACGGCCACACACCACCACCACACAGAUCCAACCUCCGGCAACCACUAUUUUUGACACUUGGCAAAUCAUUUAAUUCAUCUUACUCCGACAACCUCAACCACCAACCGGCGCUGCCUAACUCGCUGUCAACUAUUUGGAAUAGUCCGUCAAAGUUUUUGUCCGUCAACUUUGACUGUGUUUUCCGGCCAACUCCGAAUACCCCUCGAUGAGUGGUUGGUACCUUUGGAAACAGCGUGGAGAGAGGAACAAAACCCACUAAGUCAUUCCGGUCAACUCGUCGUUUUUCUCCGGCGAGAUUUUGGGUAUCUCCGCUACUUUCCGGCAACGUUCCGGCGAGUCUGAACACUUUUUGGAACGAUGGUUCACAUGAAUGUGAUCUACUCGCUGAUGUGGUCAUUUUGAUAUAUGCCACGCCUACAUUCAUUGAUGUUUUCGAUACACCGCUCACUACCUCCACCAUCUGCUAUUGUGCACUGUUUGGGAAAAUCGUGAUAUUAAAAUUGGACUAAAACAUUGUAGGAUCAUCGUUAAGCUUAGCAGCGUCGCUUUUGGCUCGGAUUGAAAAUUCUAAGGAGUGAUUCUCAGAAAACAAACAUCCAUAGUGAGCGCAUUUGCAUGGAUCGCAAGCUAUUCCAAGCUGCAACUGAUGGUGAAACUGAAGUCUUUAGGGAAAAGGUCAGUGAACUCCAACUAUUAUUGACCCCAGAAAGAAAUACAGUGCUCCAUGUCCAUAUCAUCACUACUUCAAGAACCACUAAUCAAACAACCUUCGUGGAAGGGAUCCUGGACUUGUGUCCAACAUUGUUGAUGCAAACUAAUGCAAGAGAAGAGACUCCCUUACUCAUGGCAGCAAGGUACGGCCAUCACCGGAUUGUUGAUUUUCUAAUUGAACGUGCAAAAUUGUCCCAACCACAGGACCAUGAAGAGGGCAUCUCUGGUGUCCAAACAAUGAUAAGGAUGAAGAAUGAGGAAGAGGACACUGCGUUGCAUGAGGCUGCGCGAUUCGGGCAUCUUGAGGUUGUGCAGAUAUUGACGAGAGAAGACCCUGAUUUCUCGUAUUCGACUAAUAAAGCAAGCGAGACUCCACUCUACAUUGUCGUCCAGUGCCAACACCAAGAUUUGGUUAAUGUAAUACUAAGUAAUUGUUCGUCACUAGCUACCGGUGGCCCUAAGGGCAGAACUGCACUGCAUGCAGCUUCUACAAAUAUAGGAAUAACAAAAAUGCUUUUGGACAAAGUAGAUUAUCUGACAAAACAAGCAGAUGAUGGUGGUUGUAUUCCACUGCACUAUGUUGCUUUCUUCGGCUCAUCAAAUGUGGUGGAGAUGACAAAAAUGUUGCUAGAAAAUAAUGAAAGUAGUGCAUACAUCAAAAAUAAGAAAGGCAUGACAGCGCUUCACAUUGCAGCUUACAAUGAGUGUUAUGGUGAUAAGAUAAUGAAGGAAAUUCUGACAAGUUGUCCAGAUAGCUACGAAGAAGUUGACAAUGAAGGCAGAAAUGUUCUACACCAUGCUGUGUCGACUACAUAUCUCUCCAACGUAAACUUCAUCUUAGAACACGCAUCAUCAUUAAUUUUAAAUAGAAAAGAUAAGGAAGGAAAUACCCCAUUGCUUCAUAUGGCUGCCACUUCCUCAUGGAAUCUGCCCGUUCUAAAAGCUUUGUUGUCUCAUCCCAAAGUGAAUAGGAUGUCACUCAACAAACAAAACAACAAUAUUCGAGAUGAGUAUAUGAUUCAAUUCAAACAAUAUGAGGUAAGAAUGCUGGAUCUCUUCAAUAAAUACUUCAUAGAGCCUUCUGUGGGAAUACAUAUCCUAGAACUCGAACUCAAUCGCAAGAACAUUAAUUAUAUGCAGAAGGAAAUCAUUACAAAAAUUAAAGAAUCUAGUCUAGUUACUUCUACAUUGAUUGCGACAGUGACAUUUGCAGCUGGAUUUACGAUGCCAGGAGGUUACAUAAGCGACGAGGUUGGACAUCGACAACAAGGGAGUGCUGUACUGAGGAACAACACAGCAUUUCAGGCCUUCAUCAUAACAAACACAAUGGCCAUGUUGCUCUCUGCUACAUCUGUUUUUUUGAACAUCUUUCUUAAUAUAUCAUUUGUAGAAGGAGUAAAUGAUCACAGGAAGUGGAAUUACUAUAAGUUUUGCAUGAGCUUAACCAUCUAUGCCCUGGCCUUAAUGAUGAUAGCAUUUGUCACUGGUACAUACGCAGUGUUGUCACUUUCUGCUCCCCUUGCCAUCACCACUUGUUUUAUUGGAUCGCUUUUCUUCGUUAUCACAUUCUACAUAAUAUAUAAUGCAUGAAUAAGAGAGUGUAUAAUUUAGGAAUAAUUUUCAUAUAUAUACUCAUAAAUCUUCUAGUCAUAACUUGUGCAAGUGAUAAAUAUAUAAGAGUAAACUCAAAAUUUUAAAUUUAUUAUUAAUAAAUUUAUUUUAAUUAUUUAAAUAUUAUUACAAUAUAUAAAUGUUAUUAUGUGUUAGUUCAUCCACUUUAACUAAAUGUUAUUGUGGUGUUUGGGUUCUUUUUCUUUCAGUUUUAUUGUUAUGUUUAGUUAGUUAGUUCUGUUAAGGGAAUUAGCUAUAAAUAUUUGAGAACCUUGGUCUGUUGGGAUAUUGGUUAAGAGUUAGAAAUUGAGUGAGAUUGGAGGGUUGUAAAGAGUUCAAGUGUAUCUGAUCUUGAUCUUUCAUUGUGUGAGCUCUCUUUGUAAUUUGAAGCAAGGCUUCUUGGUGUAAACUCUUGUUCUGAUCUCAAGCUUACUGAAUAAAGUUCUCAGCCAUUUUUUAGGUUGUUCUA